AUGACUGACAUCGCCAAUAUUUUGAGGAGAAAUGGCCAAUUUUCCUCAGGAACUUCACUCCAUAGUGUUAAACAAGCGCCAGCUUGCUGGGGGCUUCGCCCCCAGUCCCCCAAAAGGGAGGCAACGAGGCGCCAAUGCCGCGCCGCCGCCCAGGCUGCCGCCGCGCCGCCCGCCAGCGCUCCGCCGCAGUUCCACACCGCCGCAGAGCUGCCGCCCAGCCUGCGCAACACCACGGCGGUGCUGCAGACGGCGGAGGGCGCCACGGCAUACGUGCUGGGCAUUAGCCACGUCAGCAAGGAGUCGUGCCGGGAGAUUGAGCAGCUCAUCCGCCUGGUGCGGCCAGAUAUUGUGCUGCUGGAGCUCUGCAAGGACCGCACCGGCCUGCUGGUAGACCCCGACGCGCCGCCGCCCCAGUCCUGGUGGACGCCCCGCCUCACCAUCAGCGGCGUGCCGGCGGCCCCUGGCUGGCCCACCGCCGCCCAGCUGGCGGGCGGGCUCAAGGGCCGCGGCUGCGCCCCCGUGUCUGCUGCCGACAUUGAGGACGACGCUGUGGCCCUGCUGGCCACGGGGCUGUUCCGCAGCGUGCGUGUGGCGGCCAAGCCGCCCACCGCUGCCGCCGCCCCCGCAUUCGCGCUGCUGCCCGGCGGCGGGCUGCAGGCUGUGGCGCCGCUGGGCGAGGUGGAGUAUGUGGUGGCGCCACGCCAGCUGCCAGCUGUGCAGCAGCUGUCGGUGCGGGCGGAGGGCGGGCUGGCGGCGCCGACAGACGACGUGCAAGCCCGCGCGGCGGCUGCGGCCGCGGCGGCGGCCGCUCCCGGCGUGGCUGCCUACCUUGCGGCGCGGGCGGUGCUGCUGGAGGGGCAGCCAGACGGCGUCGAUGUCGUGUUUGAGGGAGUGGAGGCGGGCAAGCCGACGGCGGUGCUGAGGCCAGUGCCUGCAGGCCAGCAGCGCAGCCUGACCGGCCUGGAAGGCACGGCAACUGGCGGGGCAGGGCCCGGCAUAAAGGCGUUCAGGCGGCAGGCGCCGCGCCGGCAGGCGCCCAGCGCCAGCGCCGGCGCCGGCGCCGGCUUCCAGCUGGGGGCUGCCAGCAAGGCGCCCGAGGCGGCGGCCGCGGCCCUGGCAGGCGGCGGCAGCCAGCAGCAGCUCAGCGCCAGCCAGCUUGCCGAGGUGGCGCCCUGGAGCCGGGAGCAGCUGGCGCAGGGCGCGGCCAGCGCCGCCGCAGUCAACGGCGCCGGCGGCGGCGGCAACGCCCUGGCCAGCCUGCUGACCUCCACCUACGCCAAGUACCAGGGGGCAGCGGGGCGCAGCGUGGGCAUCGCGCCCGGGGAGGCCUGGCGGGUGGCGCUGCGCGCCGCGGUGGCGGCGGGGGCCUCACAGGUGCACCUGGGGGACGCCCCCGCCGACGCCACGGGCCGGCGCCUGGCCGACGCCAUCCUGUCCUCCUCCCUGCCCACGCUGGCCGGCGGGCUGGCCGCCUCUGCCGCCUCUGCCGUCGUCAUCUCCCAGGGACUCCUCGACUCGGGCGCUCCGGGCAGCCCGGCGGCAGUGCUGGCGGCGGCCGUGCUGCCGCUGGCGCUGGCGCUGGCGCCGGUGGUGGCCCCCCUGGUUGAGGUGGCCCGGUUUGCGGGCAUGAGCGCUCAGCAGAUUGAGGACACAGUGAGGCUCAAGGAGCCGCUGCAGGCCGCCUCUGUGGAUGCGCCCCUGGUGAAGCUGUGGGGAGAGGAUGCGCUGCUGAGCUGGCCGGGCGCCAUGGAGCCGAUCAUCCACCGCAGGGACGCCUACAUGGCGCGCAGCAUCGCGGCGGCCGCCAGCGGCAGGCCGGAGGGCCUCACGCCCGCCUACGUGGCCACCCGCGUCCCGGGCGGCGGCGCGGUGCUGCAGUACGCGAUGCCGCAGGGCGGUGAGCCGGGGGCGUGCCCGGUGGGGCAGGGGGCGGGGCAGUAUGCGCCGCUGGCGGGGCCGCGCAACGUGGUGGCGGUGGUGGGCACGGCCCACGUGCGCGGCAUGAUCCGUGAGUGGGUGGCGGCGCAUCGCGACGCAUCCCUGCGGCCCCUGCUCUGA